AUGAGCGGCAUGUUUGAGACCUGGCUAGGCAGCCUGGUGUCUGCUCUCCAGGAGAGGGAGAAGGAUGCCAACGUGGUGGUGGUGGUGGACUGGCUGCCCCUGGCCCACCAGCUGUACACCGACACUGUGAACAACAUGUGAGUGGUUGGGAAGAGCAUUGGGAGGCUGCUGGACUGGCUGCAGGAAAACCCAAACUUCAAGCUUGAGAAUGUCUACCUGAUUGGGUACAGCCUUGGUGCCCAUGUCGCUGGCUUUGCUGGUAACCAUGUCUGUGGGACAAUAGGCAGAAUUACAGGCUUGGAUCCAGCUGGCCCCAUGUUUGAAGGAGUGGACCCCAGCAGGCGCCUGUCCCCCGAUGAUGCCAGCUUUGUGGAUGUCCUUCACACCUACACAAGGGAAACCCUUGGUGUUAGCAUUGGGAUCCAGAUGCCUGUAGGCCACCUUGACAUCUACCCCAACGGGGGAGACUUCCAGCCUGGCUGUGGCCUAAGUGAUGUCUUGGGAGCAAUUGCCUAUGGGACCAUUGGUGAAGUUGUGAAGUGUGAACAUGAGCACUCUGUGCACUUCUUUGUGGACUCCCUGGUGAACCAAGACAAGCAGAGCUUUGCCUUCCAGUGCAUGUGUCAACGUUUGACUCAG